GACAGUGCGCUCAAUGUCACCGGGCACCGGAGAGGAUGGUUUUACAGCGAGGUCGAUAAUGCAUGUCGCCACAGGUCCAUGAAGAGAGUCACCCAAGUUUUCUCACUCAACACCCGAUGGCUAUACCCUGACACUAUCAUCUGUUCAACCUCUUUCCUCCGACCCCCCCCCCAUCCAUCUCCUCUUCCCUCCUCCUCAACCUGUGGCCUAUUUAUACCCUGGAGAAUCAAAAGAGCCCAUUAAAGCUCGGCAGGCCUCUUCAGUGAGCAUGAAUCCAAUAACACAUCGUCCAUCUAAUCUCCAGCUUCAUCACCCUUUCUUCAAAACCUACAAAUAAGGAAAACUAAAACCUCAGCUACGGGAAAGUCUUGAAAUGCAAUGAGACUGCAGCUGUUUUCAGCUUAAGAUGACAAACUGAAAGGAACCCUUAUAUUCCUUUGUGGUGAGGACAGGUUGCAGCUGCAGCACAUUUGGGAAUUUUGGAUGCAGCAUGUGCUUGGGUCUGCGGACUCUGUGGAUUCUGUCCUGUUUAGCUGAAAAACAAGAAAACACACAUUCAUAACAUUUGUUUAUAGACCCAGCUGUCGCAGUAGCCAUGAGAUUUGGGCAAGGACACUGAAAGGAUUUACCUUCUAAAUGACUCACAUGUCUGAAGUUGUACACUGCUCACAGCCAUGAGCUAAACCCACUCCACCCUGGGUGUCCCUUGCAGAAUGACUGCUGUCUGCCCCACCGAGAGCAGCCCAGAAGGGACUGAGGCUGGGGCCGGGACAGCAGGCACUGCUGGGAGCAACUCAGUUUCUGGGGCCGAGACCGGGGACUCUAAUGGAGACUCCGUCGGAGGUUCCAUUGGAGGAGCAGUUGUGGUUACCGGUGGCCAAAGGUACACCCGCUGGAGCCACCAGGACAGCUCUGACAUCAACACAGACGAUGAGGGAGCCACCAUCCGCCGCCUCACUCCGCUAGAAAGGCUGAACCUGGAUAUGUGCCAGGAUGAAAGGGUCGUCCGUGAGCUAACAGUGGGCAGAAGAAUCGGCUUCUAUAAAAUUCGGGGAGAGAUCGGGUGCGGAAAUUUCUCCCAUGUCAAGCUAGGAAUUCAUGCCCUCACCAAAGACAAGGUGGCCAUCAAGAUCCUAGAUAAAACCAAGCUAGAUCAGAAGACCCAGAGGCUGCUGUCCAGAGAGAUCUCUAGCAUGGAGAAACUACACCAUCCCAACAUCAUACGCCUCUAUGAGGUGGUGGAGACGUUGUCGCGGUUACACUUGGUGAUGGAGUACGCAGGGGGAGGGGAGCUCUACACUAAAAUUACUACAGAAGGGAAACUUUCUGACACUGAUAGCAAGAUUGUCUUUGCUCAGAUCCUCUCUGCUGUUAAACACAUGCAUGAAAACAACAUCAUCCACCGUGACUUGAAGGCAGAAAAUGUCUUCUACACCAGCAGCUCUUGUGUCAAAGUGGGGGACUUUGGCUUUAGCACGCUGAGCCGCCGUGAUGAGACACUCAACACGUUCUGCGGCUCUCCACCUUACGCUGCGCCUGAGCUCUUUCGGGAUGAGCAUUACGUUGGCAUCUUUGUAGACAUCUGGGCCCUGGGUGUGAUGAUGUUCUUUAUGGUGACAGGCACCAUGCCUUUCAGGGCAGACACGGUGGCCAAACUGAAGCGAUGCAUCCUGGAGGGCGCCUACAUCCUGCCCUCCUGGGUGCCAGAGGCAUGCCAGAGGCUGAUCAGGGGAAUCCUGCAGCCCAUACCAUCUGACCGCUACACAGUGGAGCAGAUGAUGGGCUGUGAGUGGCUGCUCCCUGUGGACUUCCCACGGGCCAUGGAGCCCUUUAAACUAGACCCAUCGUACCUUGCAGAGAGUGAUCCAUCUGAGCUUGGGGAGGAAGAGAUGGAGGUAAAGGCAGCACUGGAGACACUAGGAAUCACCUCCGAACACAUCCUCAACAAUCAGGGGAAAGACUGCAGGAGCUCCAUCACUGGGGUCUAUAGGAUCCUGCUACACCGUGCUCACAAGAGACGGGUUGUUGAGAGAAUUCCUGCGGUCACACAGGUAGUUGGAACAACUACAACAAGUAAAAAGGAACGACUAAAAGUGUACCGUAGUUUACGGCACACGUCUAAACUCUGUGUGGUUCUGUGACAAAAUACUCUGCUUCACUCUGGAAAUUAAUUGACUUUAUAGUCUUGGAUGAGAUUGCAUGGAUUUCAUUAGAAAUAAAAAGUGCUUUUCAGUCCAGCAGUAUAAAUUUAAAUUAUGGUAUAUAACCCAACUCAGCUUCUGAAAUCUGGGAUUUCUUACUUUAGUAUCUUUCUUCUAGUAAGUAAAAUUAGUCUCUGUGAGAAUGUUGCGACCAGUGAAUCCUUAUUGUCUCCUUUUUUGUCAAGGACAGGGACCUGUAAUCCUCAUGAGAUUUGGAAAUGUUAUGAAAUAUAAUUUAAGUAAACAUAAUAAUGAUUACAUGGCAUACAUAACUUUUAUUUGGGUCAUGCAAGCCAGAUAUUUUUAGCCCAGCCCCAUUUUAUGCUUAGUUGUGCUGUAACACCAAUACACCCUAUGAGAAAUCAAUGUAGCAUGAAUCUAAAGGAAAAGAGUCAGAAAUCCACAACAUUGUACUGAGGCGAUAAUGUGGCGAAACAUGCAGUCAGUACAUGAAAUGUGGUGUUUUUAAUGUUUAAUUGCAAUUUUCUCCGAUGCCUUAGUUUUCUAUAAUGUUAUGAAAUCAGACACACUGGUUUCAUUAAACUCCUCAAUGUUUGUGAUGACAUGAAUAGAGUUUUUCAUAUCUUCCCCUUUGGCCUGAAAAAGCCCAUAAAUGACAUUAAGCCGUGGAUACCAACAUGCCAACCAAGUUAUUAGUUGGUUAUGUGGUCAAAUAAUCUUUCAGUAUGAGAUUCAGUAAUCAGGUUUUUUAAUCA